GGUUAGAAAAGGGCAACAAUAAAGGUAGCACUCUACCUCGACCCAUUCAUUGUUUGCCUCUUCUUCCCGUCAUUCAUCCUCUGCAACCAACAUGACAGCCCAUAACCACCAAUAAACCACCACCUCAUCAUCCUCCAUGAAGAUUUCAUCAAGAUCAAUCCUCAGUCCAGGCCGGGCAACAUAUUCUCGCGAACCACCACCACCACCACCCAUCGCCCUCUCAACCUCACUCAGCCGCAGCCGCAGCCGCAGGCUCAGCAACAGCCGCAGCAUCAAAGGCGGCGCAUCUCCGGCAAUGUUCCCCGUCACCGGCAAGAAAAGAGGUUGCGGGUUCGACAACCCGGAACCCUCUUCCCCUAAAGUCACCUGCAUUGGUCAGGUUCGGGUCAAGACAAAAAAGAAACAUGCGAAAAACGUAAGAAGACGGAAGUUGGAGCAUUCCCGCAGUCAACGUCAGCACUUUAAAUGUCUACACAAUAGUAACAGUAAUAACAAUAACAAUAAUAAUCAGAGAUGGGUUCAUAUCCCAUUGACAAUUUGUGAAACCUUGAGGACGUUUGGGUCCGAGGUUAGCUGCUUGUUUCCUUGUGGUUCUUCAACGGAGAAGAUGGAGGAGGAGAGGCAGCAUGGGUCGUGUAGCGCGGUGGUUGAACGGUGGCUGGUGACUUUGCAGGACGAAGAAGAGGUUGGGAAUACACGAAGGCAUGUGUUUGAUGAUUUGGAGAUUGUGAAUGAUGUUAUAUUGGGGAGUAAAGAUGAGGAAGCUAGUAGGAGUGUUUGUGUGCCACCUAAAAAUGCUUUGUUGUUAAUGAGGUGUAGAUCUGAUCCUGUGAAGAUGGAAGCUCUGACCACUCGAUUUUGGGAGCCAACGUUGGAGACUUAUGAAGAGAAAGAUGAAGAUCUUAAGUUGGAAGAUGAAAAAUUCAUGGUUUUGGAUGAAACUAAUGAUCAAGAACAUCAGGAAGGUGAAGGUACAGAAGAAAUUAAUGAUCAAGAACAUCAGGAAGGUGAAGGUACAGAAGAAACUAAUGAUCAAGAACAUCAGGAAAGUGAAGGUACAGAAGAAACUAAUUUGGAAAUGGGGAUGGAACAGAGUAUACAAGAAGAAGAAGAAGAAGAAGAAGAAGAAGAAGAAGAAGAAGAUGAUCAAGAUAAAGAGCAGAGCAUGGAAACCGAUGAUAGUUUUUUCCUUGGGAAUUUGUUUGAAGAUCAAGUAAUUGAAGAAGAAAAAGAAGAAGAUUCUGAUAUGGUGGAUGCUCAAGAAAAAUUCUUUGACACAGGGGAGUCAUACAUAGAAAAAGUCAAACAGUUCCAAGGAGAAUGUGAAGAAAUGUUAACAGAAUUUAUAGAAAGAUCUCAAGUUCCAGAGGAAGAAGCCUAUGAAGAAAUUGAAACAGGGGAACAAUUUGAAGAAGAAAUUGAGGGUAUGUUGACAGAAUUUAGUGAAAGAUCUGAAAUUCCGGAGGAAAUCAAUGAAGAAAUUGAAACAGGGGAGUCAAACAUAGAAAAAGUCAAACAGUUUGAAGAAGGAAAUGAACAAAUGUUAACAGAAAGAUCUGAUGUUCCUGAGGAAGAAUUCUUUGUUCAAAAAACUAAAACAGGGGAGUCAAAGAUGGAUAAAGUCAAACAAUUUGAAGUUCAAGGAACUGAAACAACAGGGGAGUCAAAUAUAGAAAAAGUCAAACAAGCUGAAGAAAAAUUUGAAGAAAUGUUGACAGAAUUCACAGAAGAAAUUGAAGUCGAAAACGAGGAGAGAGAGAAGAUCGAAGCGUUGCCAGAAUGUUUAUUGUUAAUGAUGUAUGAGCCAACGGAGGUUUCAAAGGAGACAUGGGUCCGCAGCAGCGACUUCACCCCAAGUCAGUCCAGUAAGAAGAAGCCAGUUGAAUCAAAUGUCAAUCAAUUAACAACAACAACGGCUGUGGUUCCGGUGGCACGUCAACCGGCUCGAUCAUUAUCGUGUUCAUUUCCAGUACCGCGUUCAAUGAUCACGGUGCUAGAGGAAAAGUUAGUGAACACAAUGGGGUUCGAGCCGCUGUUGGCUCUAACCAGGUGCAAGUCAGAGCCAACGAGGACGGUGCCAGAGAGUUGUAGCUGGCAAAACCAGCUGGAGCCUCCACGUCGAGCUUCAUUUGGCGUGGGUAUGGCAGGGUUAGGGCUUUGUCAGUUUAGGUCAUGAAAAAGGUGGUUAGUGGAGUGUGGUUAGAUUCCUAUCAUUGGUGUUUUGAUACAUGUUAGCUUUUGUGUUUGAAUUGUACCAUCACUCGAUGCAGGUGGUACCUUGUAGUGUACAAGUAGUUUUAUGCUCUAAUCAUGCCACUUUCUAGUCGUAUUGUCUUUUCCUAAUCAUAUAUGCGAGGAAUAGCUAGCACAAUUUAUUA